GAUCAUGAGAAGAAGAGAAGAGCUCUCUUUCUCUCUCUCUAGACAUGGGCGAUGAAGGAGAAAAACAUGAAUAAAGGUGAGUCUUUGUGGAGAGAGAGAGAGCGGAAGGGGACAGUAGUUGUCCUGACGGUUCCACGUGGCAAGAUGGAAUUGGAUGAAGAACACCCUUUUUCUCUUUCUACGGAGUCUCUCUCUUCGCAACAACACACACACCAAAACCCAUGUCAGUGUGUGUGUGCUGUGCAAUUCCAAAGUCCAAAUCUCAUUUAUCUAUCUAUAUAUGUGACCCUCAUCCCCGGCGAUUACGUGUCAUAUACUCUUUCUUUCUCUCUCUCUAUUUAUUCGAUUUGCCCCCUUCUCCCGCAUGCCCUAGAACACAAACCCCGCUUCUAAACCCAUCAAUCUCCUGUGCUUUCUUGCUCAACAUCCUUCUCUCUUUGAUCUACUCCUUCAAAGGCUGGGUGAAUUUUGCUCUCUCUACUCUCAAUUUUCGAUCUUUGUGUGAUUUUGUAAAAUGGGUUUUGCUGAAUUGGGGUUCUGGGUUUGGUAGUGGGAGUUGUUGAAUGUACGCGGUUGAUCAAGUAAAAAGGGGCUUCAUUGAAUUAGCUUUGACUGUUCAAUGUUUGACCUUGUCAAAAAUGAGAAUUGGGGGUUGAACACAUGAACACAUGCAAUGAUUUACCAAAUUAAUUCAUGCGAUUCAAGCUUCUAAAAUGAAACAUUUGGAUCAAAAAAUGAAGAAUAACGAAUCAUCAACGAGUGAUGUCAUAAAUGGAAAUUGGGUCUUGAAACGCAAGAGAAAAAAGACAUCUUUUGGUCCAGUUAAGUCAAAUGGAAACAAACAAGAUUCUACACCUUCAGACUCUCACACAAGUACAUCAUCUAAAUGCAAGGCUAAUAAAGACAAUUCUUCUGAUCAUUCCCCUUCCAAAAAGAAAGGAAAUGAUGGGUCCUACUUUGAAUGUGUGAUUUGUGAUCUUGGUGGUGAUUUACUCUGUUGUGAUGGAUGCCCUAAAACUUAUCAUAUUGGGUGUUUAGAUCCUCCUCUUAAGCGAAUCCCAAAUGGAAAAUGGAGAUGCCCAAACUGCUGUUCAGAAACUAAUUCGGUUGAUGUGAUUGAAAAACCGGAUCCAACUUCAAAAAGGGCAAGAACCAAGGUUACAAUUGGGAAAUCCAAAAGUAAAAGUAAAACUUCAAAAACAGAUAAAGUAUCUAGAAUUUUGAGGAGUACAGGUGUUAAGAAAAAGUCAUCAACCAAAGUGAAAUCAUUUCCAUUAAGCCCAAAAGUGGAUUUAUCAGCCAUUGAUGGAUCUCUUGAAAAUAGUUCAUCAUUUGUAGAUAUCAAGAAAGAAAAAGAAACUGAUUUGGAAGAAACAAAGUCAAGCACUCCUGAAAAGGUUAUUGAGUUGGAGAAAAAGGAAGAAAAACCAAAGAAGAAACGUGUCAAAGAUCGAUCUAAAGAAAAGAAAGAUGUUGAUGUGUCGGAAGGGUCAACCAAAAAGUCAACGAAAAGAAAACGAAAGGCUCCUCCUUUAGAUGAUGUUGAAAAGAAGCUUCCGGAUGGUUCUAGAAAACGUGAAAAAACGGAUUUGGAAGUUAGUGAAACAAGUAAAUCUAAAAAAAAACAGAAGUCUGUUAAGCAUGCAAAGGCAAAGACUAAAUCUUUGUCUAAAAAUGACAUGGGAAGUAAAGUUGGGGAUAUCGAGUUGAAAGACAAGAUGGAGCUUGAAGAAGAUGCAAAUCCAUCACAUGAAUCACACGAAUCAGAUAAAGUUAUCGAAUUGAUGAAAGAUUCAGUUCAUGCCCAUGAGAAAAUGCAACAGGUUGAUAAGGUCCUUGGUUGUCGAAUACAAGUUCUUGAAAACAAAUCAACAGAGUCUGAAGAAAAUGGAACAUCAGAGAAAAAUGAAAACCCCACAACUCCAAAAGUUACAGAUGCUGAAAUUCCAACAGAGGACACUAAGAAUGAUGAGAGUAAUUCAGAUCAAAUGAUUCUUGAGAAUGAUACAGGGGUAGAGAAAAUGAAUGCCCCUAUGGUCAAUGAUUCUAUGGAAGAAAAGAAUGAUCUUGAUUCUUUAGCCACAGAUGAGAUAAAAAACGACACUUCUGCAUCAAAAUCAGAAGAUUUGGCAAAAAACCCUGAAAAGAUUCCAAUCAAAGAGAGUAUUGAAGCAACAAAAGCUGGGGAACUACCUUCUGUUCUUGAAUCUGUAGAGGGUAAGAAGAAAGAUUUAGACUUGUCUCCAAAAUCUUUAUCUUAUGAGUUUUUAGUGAAAUGGGUUGGAAAAUCCAACAUCCACAACACUUGGGUACCUGAAUCAAGAUUAAAAGUUUUAGCAAAAAGAAAACUAGACAACUACAAAGCAAAAUACGGGUUCACAGUGAUAAACAUUUGUGAAGAACAAUGGAAGAUUCCACAACGUGUGAUUGCUUUACAUUCAUCUAAAGAAUCAACAGAAGUUUUUGUGAAAUGGACUGGUCUUCCAUACGAUGAAUGCACAUGGGAAAAGACAGAUGAGCCCAUAAUCGCAAAAAACUCUCAUUUAAUCGACUUAUUCAAUCAAUUCGAGAGGUUAGCAAUUGAAAAAGAUUCAGAUAAAGGAAAAAGUCAACAAAAAAGUCAACAAAGUGAUGUGAUCAAUCUAACCCAACAACCUAAAGAGUUAGGAGGACAAUUAUUCCCACAUCAACUCGAAGCAUUAAACUGGCUGCGAAAAUGCUGGCACAGGGGUAAAAACGUAAUUCUGGCAGAUGAAAUGGGAUUAGGGAAAACAAUAUCCGCAUGUGCGUUUCUUUCUUCAUUAAACUUUGAAUUCAAAGCAAGAUUACCAUGUCUAGUUUUGGUUCCUCUCUCCACAAUGCCAAAUUGGAUGUCGGAGUUCUCAGUGUGGGCCCCGAAUUUGAACGUAUUGGAAUACCACGGGUGUGCACGCGCCAGAUCACUAAUGAGACAAUUCGAAUGGCAUGCAAAUGAUUCAAAUAAAAAAACAAAAAGUUACAAAUUUAAUGUUCUUUUGACAACAUAUGAAAUGGUUCUUGCUGAUUCGAGUCACUUACGUGGGGUCCAAUGGGAAGUUCUUGUAGUUGAUGAAGGGCAUAGGCUUAAAAACUCAAGUAGUAAGCUUUUUAGUUUACUCAACACGUUUUCCUUCAAUCAUCGUGUGUUAUUGACAGGAACGCCCCUACAAAACAACAUAGGAGAGAUGUAUAAUUUACUAAAUUUCUUGCAACCUUCUUCCUUUCCUUCAUUGACUUCAUUUGAAGAUCGUUUUAAUGAUCUUUCAACUGCUGAAAAAGUUGAUGAAUUGAAAAAACUCGUGGCCCCACAUAUGCUUAGGCGGUUGAAAAAGGACGCAAUGACGAAUAUACCCCCGAAAACCGAACGAAUGGUUCCUGUUGAGUUGUCUAAAAUUCAAGCUGAGUAUUAUCGUGCGAUGUUGACUAAAAACUAUCAGGUUUUAAGGAACAUCGGAAAGGGGAUUCCGCAGCAAUCUAUGUUGAACAUUGUAAUGCAAUUGAGGAAAGUUUGUAAUCACCCGUAUCUGAUUCCGGGGACGGAACCGGAAUCAGGGACAAUGGAAUUCCUUCAUGAUAUGAGAAUCAAAGCUUCUGCAAAGCUAACUUUACUUCAUUCCAUGCUGAAAAUCUUGAAAAAGGAAGGUCAUCGAGUGUUAAUCUUUUCACAAAUGACAAAACUUUUAGACAUUUUGGAGGAUUAUUUAAACAUUGAAUUCGGGAGGGAAACUUUUGAGAGAGUGGAUGGAUCUGUUUCAAUAGCAGAUCGACAGAUGGCAAUUUCAAGAUUUAACAAUGAUAAAAGUCGGUUUGUGUUUCUUUUAUCCACAAGAUCUUGUGGACUUGGGAUCAAUUUAGCAACUGCUGACACUGUGAUAAUUUAUGAUUCCGAUUUUAACCCUCAUGCUGAUAUUCAAGCAAUGAAUAGGGCUCAUAGAAUUGGGCAAUCUAAGAGGCUUUUGGUGUAUAGGCUUGUUGUUAGGGCGAGUGUUGAAGAGAGGAUUCUGCAGUUGGCUAAGAAGAAACUGAUGCUUGAUCAGCUUUUUGUGAAUAAGAGUGGGUCCCAGAAGGAGGUGGAGGAUAUUUUGAGAUGGGGGACUGAGGAGUUGUUUAAUGAUGGGUUGGGGCAAAAUGGGAAAGAUGUGGGGGAAAAUAAUAAAGUGGAAGAAAUUGUGGGUGAACAUAAGAGUAGGAGAAAGGUUGGGGGAUUAGGGGAUGUGUAUCAGGAUAAGUGUACAGAUGGGAAUUCAAUGAUUGUUUGGGAUGAAUCAGCGAUUCUGAAGUUGCUUGACCGGUCAAACGUUGACUCUGUGUUGACUGAAAAUGGUGAAGCUGAGGAAAAUGAUAUGCUUGGCUCAGUUAAGUCUCUGGAUUGGAAUGAUGAAUCCAAUGAAGAACAAGGGGGAACGGAAUCACUUGUGGAUGUAAUUGAUGAUGCCACUGCUCAAAAUCUGGAAAAGAAAGAGGAUAAUUCAGGAAAUGUUGUUGAAGAAAAUGAAUGGGACAGGCUUCUUCGUGUGAGAUGGGAGAAAUAUCAGAGUGAGGAGGAAGCUGCUUUAGGUAGAGGAAAAAGGCAAAGAAAGGCUGUUUCUUACAGGGAAGCCUAUGCUCCAAGGCCUAUUGAAACUUUGGAGAAUGGUGGUGAUGAGGAGCCAGAACCUGAGCCUGAGCGCGAAUAUACGCCAGCUGGACGAGCUCUUAAAACUAAGUUUACAAAGCUUCGAGCCAGACAAAAACAAAGGCUGGCUCAGAGAGAUGCUAUAAAAGAAGCCCUUUUGGCUAUGGAAGCCUCAGGUGGUGGGCCCCACAACAAUGGUCUAAUGUGGAGAUCUGAUCAACCAAUCACAGAGAAGCUUCCGGAUGACAAACCAAUAAGCAAGGAGGGGCAAAAUAGGAAUUUGCUACCGGUUCUUGGGCUAUGUGCUCCAAAUGCUACUAAACUAAUGGAGUCAUCAUCAUCAUCUCAAAAACCCAAUCCCAAAUCUUCUAGAAAAAACAAGCACUCGAUAGGACUCGAAUUCCCUUUCCACUUAGCACCUUGCUCUAAUGAUACAGACACCAAAUCUCAUCUGAAAAUUGACGAAAAUACCCUCCAACAACAUGGUCUACCUCCGCAUGUUCUUGGGAAAGGAGUGGAGGCUUCCGAGAGCUCAGGUGGUGAUGCUUUAUCUCAUGAAAAAAUGGUAUUACCGAAAGUACCCUUUGACGAGUCAAUGAUGUCAAAGUUAUCUUUACAAGUAAAAAACCUCGCCCAUCAUCAUCAACAACAACAUCAUCAUAAUCAUAAUCAUCAACAACCUGAAUUCUUUCCGAGUUUAUCUUUAGGGAGAUCAAUAGGAGGAGGGGGGGAAUCAAAUUCCAAUCUUCAAGAUUUCUGCACGAUUCCAUUCCUCCCAAAUUUGCGAUUCCCUCAACAAGAAUUGGAAGCCAUGGGUCUCCCACCCAUGUUGGGAUUAGGUCAAUUCCCACCUGCUUUUUCUUCGUUUCCCGAAAACCACCGGAAGGUUCUAGAAAACAUAAUGAUGCGAACAAAUACGGGAUCAAACAAUGUGCUUAAAAGAAAACUUGUGAAAGAUUUUUGGUCAGAAGAUGAGCUUGACUUUUUAUGGAUCGGUGUUCGAAGACAUGGUCGGGGUGGUUGGGAGGCAAUGUUGCGGGACCCACGUCUUAAAUUUUCAAAAUUCAGAACACCCGAAGAUUUGGCUAAUAGAUGGGAGGAAGAACAGGUCAAAAUCUUGGAUUUGACUGGUGGUCAAAAGAAGUCAAAUGUUGCGAAAUCAGGGAAAAAUCCUUCGUUUCCGAGUAUUUCUGAUGGAAUGAUGAAACGGGCUUUGCAUAGAAGUCGAUUUGCUAGUGGGCCUAGUGGGCCUCCGAGUUUCCCGCCACACCUUAUGGAUAUGAAGUUAGGACUGGAUGGUCCUUCGACUUCUGGUUUUGACAAUUUAGACCCUCCUCCUCCUCCUCCUCCUCAUAGAUUCCAACAUGGGAAUUCGAAUUUCCCUCCGAUUCCGAUGUGGAUUCCGGAGCGGUUCCGUGGGAAUUUUUCCGGGGAGUCGUCGUCGUCGGUGGGGCCCACGGAACCGGUUUUACAAAACCCGUUUGGACCGAAUACUUUAGGGUCUCUUGGUUUGAAUGGGUUAGGUGGUGUUGAUUUACAAAAGGAGCCAAAGUUUGAUGUUAAUGUAAGUAAUCAGGAGAAAGAUGAGAUUGGUGGUGGUGGUGGUGGUUCUGAAAAUAACAAUAAAUUGCCUCAUUGGCUUCGUGAAGCGGUGAAUGUUAAUGCUCGACCUCAAGAGUCUCAACUCCCGCCUACUGUCUCUGCAAUCGCGCAUUCCGUCCGUUUGUUAUAUGGAGAUGAAAAACCGACGAUUCCGCCGUUUGUUGCUCCGGGAUUGCUCCCGAUUCCGCCAAAAGAUCCUCGCCGGAAUUUGAAGAAAAAGAAGAAAAGUGGUGGUGGCGGCGUACAUGGCGGAGUUCAACCACCGCCAGAUAGUGAACAUGGUGCUUCAACUUCAGGAAGUCAGGCGGUGGUGACGCCACCGCCACCGCCUCCACCUUCAGAACGAGAAUCGUCUUGGGAUGAACCGGAUCUCAAUGCACCGCCACCAGUUGUGGCAGAGCCGCAGCCUUCUCCACCGUGUUCAAAUCCCGAAACUAAAAGAAGUGACAUUCCGGUGGUGGUGGAUUCAAGUCCGGUGGUGGUGGAUUCAAGUCCGGUGGUGGUGGUGGUGGAUGAUGUUUCAUCGGAAGGGACAGUAUCAGAUGAUGAAUCUUGACGAAUGUGGAACUAUUUUUGUAGGCAUAUGUUGCAAUUUAAGUGUAGUGGAAAAUAUAGGAUUUUGUUUGUAAAGUGGUGUAAGAAAAAAACUGUUGAAAUAUAUGAUCAUGAUGAUAUCGCAUAUGUUACUGUAAA